AAAUAAUAUCCACCACCAACGCGAUGCACCAACCACGAGAACCCAAUGGAUGUUUGGCUUUAGAUCUUUGGCCGAAAAUCAGAUCUAAUUGAUGACGUGGACCAUGUGGGCCAUUGCUUUAGAUAUUUUGUAGCGUUGGGGAUAUUUUCUUGAACCGUUGGAUCAGUGGCGGUUAGCAUAAGUGUUUCAUCUGAAGCCGUUGGAUUCAACUUCCGCUGUUAAACUUAACGGUGCUCCUGUCCUUCCUUCUAGAUAUUCCCCUUCCUUUUUCCGAUGUUUUAAUUUCUUUUUAGAUGUUUUCAUUUUUACCCUCCAAAAUUGGUUCUGUGGAAACAAAGAAAUCAGAAAAUUUUGUGUGUGCCUGCUGGUUUUGGAAGCUCCAUCAAAGAAGAAGAUUCUCAUGGUACAGUGUGAUUCAGGUGGAAUAGCAGGGAUUGAUUCCGUUUGAGAGGGAAUAAACAUGGGUGAGGUAGUUGUGAGCGAGAGAUUAGUUGGAACGGUUGAGGAAGAAGAGAAGCAGACGACUACGGUGGCGGCUGCCGAGGAAGAAACUACUGCAACGGAGGGCAAAGGCGGAGGAGGAGAAUCGAAAGGGCUGAUGAGGUGGGAGAAGUUCUUGCCGAAGAUGGUACUGAGGGUGCUCUUGGUUGAAGCUGAUGAUUCCACGAGGCAGAUUAUAGCUGCGCUCCUCAGAAAAUGCAGCUACAAAGUGGCGGCUGUUCCUGAUGGCCUAAAGGCAUGGGAAAUACUCAAGGGAAGACCCCACAAUAUCGAUCUAAUACUGACGGAAGUGGAUUUACCUGCCAUAUCUGGCUAUGCACUUCUCACUUUAAUUAUGGAACAUGAUAUUUGCAAAAAUAUCCCUGUCAUAAUGAUGUCCUCACAAGAUUCUAUAAGUACAGUAUACAAGUGUAUGCUGAGGGGAGCUGCUGAUUAUCUUGUUAAGCCCCUUAGAAAAAAUGAAUUGAGGAAUUUGUGGCAGCAUGUUUGGAGAAGGCAAUCGUCAACUGUUGCCAUGAAUGGCCUCCAAGAUGACAGUGUUGCACAGCAGAAGGUUGAAGCCACUGCUGAAAACAAUGAUGCUAGUAUUCGUUCAAGUGGUGAUGCUGCUUCCAUUCAGAGAAAUAAGGAAUUAAUCGAGAAAGGAAGUGAUGCACAGAGCUCUUGCACAAAGCCCGACCUGGAAGCUGAGAGUGGCCCUGUCGAUAACAUGCAGGAAUUUGCUUCACUGAAAUGUGGUGAAUCAUAUCCAACUGGAACAAUGACACAAGAGGUAGAAACGUGCAUGCGAUUGGGGCAGAUAUCAGUUAUGCAUGACAGUCAUGCUGGAGGAUUAGCUAUGGCUAGUAGCAAAAAUUGUGAGACAAGCACAACCAAUGGCAAGGAUGGUGAUACAGAACAUUUUCGGAGUGCUACUAUCUGUGGUGAGGCUCAUGACAAUCACUGUGUUCAAAUUAGCUGUUCUAAGGAAGCUAUUGACUUGAUUGGAGCAUUUCAUAAUCGUCCAAACUGCAGCCUCAAAACUCCCACAGUUAACUGCACAGGAAAGUUUGACUUCGAAAUACCAUCAUGCAUUCAAAUGCCUCAGCUUUCAAGCGGUAUACAAACAGGCAAUUUCAAGCCUCACCUGCGAUUUUAAACUUCUCUGACCAACAAAGGGAACAGAGAACAAAUUGCGAGAAAAGUAUUUCCCAUUUUGCUACUGGCUGUAAUUCAGAUAGUUCAACACCUAGUGUGCAAAGAAAUCUUUUAUCUCCAACUACACCCCAAUCGAAAGAAUCUGAAGCAGCAACUUCACACUCGCAACAGCAAGGGCACUCUCUCCCGAUUGCAGUUAAAGGUGUAAGGUUCAAUGAUUUAUGCACGGCCUAUGGUUCUGUACUUCCUCCAAUGUUUCGCACGCAAUCGGGUCCACCAUUGGUGCCUAGCCCCAGUUCAGUUGUGCUUCUUGAACCAGCCUUUCAAGUAAAUGCAUUUUAUCAAUCAAGUGUUAAAGACAAUAGUUCAGAGCAGGUUUAUGAAUCUCCCAGUUCUGGUGGAAAAAGUGCUCCAAACAACAUGAUUUCCAGACCGGAACACAAACCAGAACAUGCUGAGGAUCGAAGACACAUCUCUCCUGCAACUGAUCAAAGUGGAUCCGGUAGCUUCUGUAAUGGAAAUGCAAGCCAUCUUAAUAGCAUGGGGUAUGGAAGCAACUGUGGAAGCAGCAACAUUGUUGAUCAGGUCCCAAUUGGCAGAGCAGCUUCAGAGGGUAAGAAUGAAGAGAUGGCAAACAAUGCAAGCUCUCAUCGAUCUAUCCAAAGAGAAGCAGCUCUAAAUAAGUUCCGCUUGAAAAGGAAAGAGAGAUGCUAUGAGAAGAAGGUUCGAUAUGAGAGCAGAAAGAAACUAGCAGAGCAGCGCCCGAGAGUGAAAGGUCAAUUUGUUCGUCAAGUGCAGCCGGAUGCUCUUGCUGCAGAGAAAGAUGGCAAAGAAUAUGAUCUUUAACAGAUUUCUGACUCACUAGAGAGAACACUUAUUUAGUAUAGUUGCUUCAAAAUUUUGUUUUCUCGAAUCACAUGAUCUGUAUAUGCUUUCUAAGACGACUUUCCUCAUUUCUAUUUCCUUUUAGAUAUAGCUAAUGUAAUAUAUCCUUGUAAUCUAUAUAGUAUCAUAGUUAUUUUGCUGCCACAUUAUUUAUUUGUUUAUUUGUAAGGAUUUGAUUGUUCAUCAGGACUCAUGAUGAUGGAUCAUGUAGGAGAUUAUAGAGCAUUACUAUAACAUCAUAUGACGCUAAGUUUUUA